AUGUGCCAUGCCCAGUUUGAGCAAAGUUUCUUGACAUAUUUGGUCAGGGUCGAUGUUCAGAAACAGCUAAGCGCAAGGCUGAAAUACAAGUUCAAUUGGGAAGACCCGGAAAACCCCCAUGAAACUUAUGGCGAUCGCUUCAUCAGUGGUAAUGUCAGCCGCAGCAUUCAAGACUUUGUAACUGGCGGGGCUCUCUUUGGUCGGGUGUCCAUAUUCACCACCAACUCAAGCGAGCAAACAGAGAUUGAGCAGUCGGCCAAAGUUGCAUUCAGUGCGUACGGAGCCGAAAUCCAGGUCACGCAGGAGAUGAAGAGCAGCAUGGAGAAGAUCCAUAAACACUCCGAGGUGAAAAUAAACAUGGUCCUCCUCCAACUCAAGGCUUUCGCCGAUAAAUUUUUGAUUAAAGCCAAUGAGCAUAAAGAGAAGCGAUAUGCGAUUCUUGAUGAAUACACCAACAUCCGCGGUUUCGACCCCCGCAAAUACUUCAAGCCUUUCGAUUACUCAGUUGCGACAAUCCAGAGCUGGUCAGUUGCCAUCGACUUCACCGAAUACCUUUCCAUUCAGACUGCUCUCCGUGCGAGUAUGCUACUCCCAUUCCACGAACUAAGCGUUUCAUCUCCGUCUCUAACCUGGGUUACCACAGUUGAUGAAAAUCACUAUGUAGACGGCAGAAAGAGUAAGACAUCUUUGGAUGAUGAAGCAAGUAAUGUGGUGGCAGGGUACAAGGACUGGGUUGCCAAAGUCAUUGCGAACCCAGAUCACGCGGCGACAAGACCGCAGUACCCAAGCCCUUAG